AUGGGGGCAGGUGCCGCCGGCUGCGCCAUGGACGGGCCGCGCCUGCUGCUGCUGCUGCUGCUGCUCCUGGGGGUGUCCCUUGGAGAUGCCAAGGAGGUGUGCCCCACGGGCCUGUACACCCACAGCGGUGAGUGCUGCAAAGCCUGCAACCUGGGCGAGGGCGUGGCCCAGCCUUGUGGAGCCAACCAGACCGUGUGUGAGCCCUGCCUGGACAGCGUGACCUUCUCGGACGUGGUGAGCGCCACGGAGCCGUGUAAGCCGUGCACCGAGUGCGUGGGGCUGCAGAGCAUGUCGGCGCCCUGCGUGGAGGCCGACGACGCCGUGUGCCGCUGCGCCUACGGCUACUACCAGGACGAGACGACGGGCCGCUGCGAGGCGUGCCGCGUGUGCGAGGCGGGCUCGGGGCUCGUGUUCUCAUGCCAGGACAAGCAGGACACCGUGUGCGAGGAGUGCCCCGACGGCACGUACUCCGACGAGGCCAACCACGUGGACCCGUGCCUGCCCUGCACGGUGUGUGAGGACACUGAGCGCCAGCUGCGCGAGUGCACGCGCUGGGCCGACGCCGAGUGCGAGGAGAUCCCUGGCCGUUGGAUUACACGGGCCACGCCCCCGGAGGGCUCAGACAGCACAGACCCCAGCACCCAGGAGCCCGAGGUACCUCCAGAUCCAGAGCUCGUCACCAGCACGGUGUCAGACGUGGUGACCACAGUGACGGGCAGCUCCCAGCCCGUGGUGACCCCAGGCACCGCCGACAACCUCAUCCCUGUCUACUGCUCCAUCCUGGCUGCUGUGGUGGUGGGCCUCGUGGCCUACAUCGCCUUCAAGAGGUGGAACAGCUGCAAGCAGAACAAGCAAGGAGCCAACAGCCGGCCGGUGAACCAGACGCCCCCACCCGAGGGAGAAAAACUGCACAGCGACAGCGGCAUUUCUGUGGACAGCCAGAGCCUGCAUGACCAGCAGUCCCACACACAGACAGCUGCAGGCCAGGCCCUCAAGGGUGACGGAGGCCUCUACAGCAGCCUGCCGCUGGCCAAGCGGGAGGAGGUGGAGAAGCUGCUCAGUGGCUCUGCGGGGGACACCUGGCGGCAUCUGGCCGGUGAGCUGGGUUACCAGCCUGAGCACAUAGACUCCUUCACCCAGGAGGCCUGCCCGGUCCGCGCCCUGCUGGCCAGCUGGGCCACCCAGGACAGCGCCACACUUGACACCCUCCUGGCUGCCCUGCGCCGCAUCCAGCGAGCCGACCUUGUGGAGAGCCUGUGCAGCGAGUCCACGGCCACGUCCCCGGUGUGA